CAAAGAGGGGUCUUCGUAGCCUUGCCUCGCAUUAUAGAGCAGCAGCUGCAGCGGUUCUUUCCUCACUAGUUUUGUGUGUUACCCCGCGCAUCUUUUCUGGCAAAAUACCACAGAAAGAGAAAACCACCGAGUUCACCCGCACAAUUGUUGUUAAUCCGUCGUCGUAAAUCUCUUUGAAGACAAAGAGUAUAAAGAUGCCUUCAGCGAUGGUUGGCAACAAUGCUGUCCCGUCUGCCAUUCCAGACGUUGGAAACGGAAGUCAAAGUCAGUCAGAGGCCAUGAAGCAGGUUAUUGGUGUAGUCGACAAGAAGCUUCGUAACAUGGAGAAAAAAAAGUCAAAAUUGGAUGACUAUCGAACAAAGAAGAGCAAAGGUGAAAGACUGAACCAGGAUCAGCUGGAGGCCUUGUCAAAGUACGAGGAAAUUCACAACAAUAUUGAGUUUGCUCGAGAGCUGCAGAAGAGCUUCCUGACGCUUGGCCAAGAGAUUCAGAAGGUGUUGAAGAAAACUGCAAGACGCGAACAGCUGCAGCGAGAAGAAAUGGAGCAACGGCGACUGAAGGCGAUUUUGGAGGUGCACUUUUUAUUGGACCAGUUGGGAGACGACAAUGUCAGGCAGGAUCUGAAGCGGCCUGGUGCUUCUGGCACCUCCUUGCUCACGGAUGCUGAUCUUGCAUCUCUCGACGAGUUCUACAAACUUGUCGGACCUGAUCGGAACUGUGACGUCAGGUUGAAUGAACAAUACAAAGAGGCCUCACUGCACUUGUGGGAACUGCUUGAGGGCCGAGACAAGGUCGUGGUAGGAACUUCAUACAAGUCACUCAAGGACAUUGUGGACAAGUUGCUACAGAGUGGAUACUUUGACAGAGCACAAAGUGGUCACAAUGGAACAUGUGAAGAGGAAGAGGAGGAGGAGCAGGAAAAGCAAACAGUGGUGGCUGAUUGUAAUGUGGGGCAGACGCCGGCUGAACCUGAAGGAACAGUUACUGAAAAUCAUCCUGAACCAGUGCAAUUUGAAACCACAGAGUUUGUAAAUAGACAAUUUAACCCGCGAAGCACUUACAGCCGUACAGACACAGAACAUGUGGAGGAGUGGUCAGUGGCUAUGCAGAUGGUGAAUUCCCUCAAGCACCAGCCCCCUGCCCAGAUGCCACCAGAACAGAGUGCUGCUGUGAAUCAUGUCAGUCCAUCUCCGUCGACUGACCCGGUGGUCAGAAAGCAGGUGGUGCAAGACCUCAUGGCCCAGAUGCAAGGGACAUAUAACUUCAUGCAGGACUCAGUGUUGGAUUUUGAUGGUCAGGCCCUCGACCCAGCCAUUGUUUCAGCUCAGCCUAUGAAGCCUCUUGUACAAACUGUGGACCUGCAACAGUUAGCCUGUGCAUCAUCUCCCUCAAAGUCCAGACUUCCUCAGAUAAGUGCGAUGACAGGACCAAAGGAAGCCUUACAAGCUGCGAUGUCUCUGUCUUCUGAGCAGCCAUCUGCCUCUUGUUCCCUGUCCUCUGCCUUCCCACAUUCCUCCAAACACUCCCACACUGGAGGCAUAAAUGUCAAUGCUGCAUCCUUCCAGUCAGUGCAAGCGGUGUUUAACAUGAGCACACCUGUGCCCCAAGCCGGCAGCCAAGCGAACCCUCUGAAGCGGUCACAGUUUCCUGGUGGUUAUAUGCAGAGUUUUAGUGGUCAGUCAGAAACCGCUGUGGACCAGCCUGACAUCCCACAGGAGACGUUACAAUCUGUUGUUGCUGGUUUCCAGCCCCAAGCCCAGGUCUUGCAUUCACCAUUGGCGCAUGAAGACUCACCGCCCAGUACAGGCUUUGGACAGUCAGGCCACUCCUUCUAUAACAGCAGAGCCGUGCCACGGGGGAGCGCAAGGAACAGCAGAGGCGCCAUGAAUGGCUAUCGAGGCUCCUCUCACGGAUUUAGAGGGGGUUAUGAAGGUUACCGCCCUCCCUUUUCUAACCCUCCCAGCAGUGGUUAUGGUCAAAGCCAAUUCAACACAGGGGCCCGGGACUACUCGAGUAACAACUACCAGAGGGAGGGCUACCAACAAGGUUACAAACGGGGAGCUGCCCAAGGGCCUCGAGGAAAUGCUCAGGCAAUGCGAUCCUAAUGACCAGCUCGUCGUUCCACAUUGAACAUUCAGGAGUUUUGAAUGUGUUCACCCAAGAUCACUUUUGUAAUGUUUCUUUUCUCAACGAUCUUAUUUUAAUUCCCUGCCUAUUACCACAGUUUUAAUCCAUAAGGCUGAUUCAUAAUGGAUUUUCAGCAAGUAUGUCUGAUAUUAAACAAAUAGGUAUUCCUGUAAACUUGAAAGAUUUCAUUAAUUUAUUUUUUGUUCAAAAUAAAUGCAAAAAAAUACCCUGCCACUGUCAAAAUGAUUCCCUGGAUAUUUGUCUCUGGCAUGUGCAGGUUUGUCACUUCCUCCUGAUUUUGUAUCGAUGACUAUUUUUUAACCUAUCACCAUCACCACUUUGUAUGCUGAUGUUAUCAUGCAAGACUGUUUCAAUAAAUCAAGCUGUGUUCUACUACAA